CAUGCCUUGAUGUCGAAUCAUUAGCUGCACCUGAUUCUGGGGAGUCGCAAUCGUCGGUCAUCAUGAGUGAGGUGACAGAAGUUGAGGGGAAAAAGAAUGUCCAAGAUACUGCUAGUGCAGAUGAUAAGAGGGAUAUGUUCAUGCAGAUAAUACAAAUGACUUUUACGUCUCACGAGGCUGCGUAUGAUUUCUACAACAGCUAUGCUAGAGAUAAUGGUUUCGGCAUUAGAAAGAAUAGGGUCAGGUAUAGCAAAACCGAGUCACGUCAUAUGCGUUAUAGGCGGUUUGUUUGUUCCAGACAAGGAAAACGUGACAGCAGGUUGCUAACCGAGGAAGCACACAGUCGUAGGCUCAGACCCGAGACACGCUGCCACUGCGAAGCGCACCUGACCGUGAAGCUUGACCAAAAGCGUGGGGUUUGGUAUGUUGAUAGUUUUGAGGACAAGCAUAGCCAUAUCUUGGUAGGACCGGACGAGGUACCUUUUCUUUGGUCCCAUAGAAAAAUCAAAGAGUACCAGAGAGCUGAGAUACUGUCCAUGGGAGCUACAGGGAUUAGAAUUCACGACAUGAUGGAUUCCUUCAUCAGCAAACAUGUAUGGUAUGGCGGUGUUGGUUUUACCAGGCGUGAAAUAUACAACCUUUACGCCAGGGAGAAGAGGAAGCUGCUUUCAAAAGGUGAUGCUGCCAUAGUCAUAGGCAUCAUGGUCAGUAGGAAACAGAGGGAUCCUAGCUUCUUUUUCGAGUACAAGCUAGACAAGGAAGGACAUAUGAAUAGGAUGUUCUGGUGUGACUCCUAG